AUGAUGUCCUGUGGCCGCAGACUUGCGACCUUUGCGUCGGUUCGCCCGCGCUUCGUUGUCCGCGCAUACUCCUCCACCGUGCCCCGUUUGAACGAGAACCCUAUCCAAGUCAACGACUCGACCCCGCGGAAGCCCACACCGAAUGUCUCCGCUACCAAUGCUGUGCCCAACGACUCUGUUGAAAGCUCCGCUGGCACCCUUCAGGAAUCCCCCGAGGUUGGCGAGCGUAUCCGCAGCAUGCAGGCUCCUAACCGCGCUACCACCUGGGCCGCCAGCCAGCAGCCUCGUGAGAAAGCUAUGGUUGGACCUCGCUUUGAGCAGACUAUCAUGGAGGCUCAGCCGCAACCAUAUGCCGCUAUCGACCUCAUUCACAGACAGCCCGUCCGCUGGACAAAGUCCAAGGUCGUCAGCUGUGACGGUGGCGGUGGCCCUCUUGGCCACCCCAAGGUCUUCAUCAACACCGACAAGCCCGAGAUCGCUACUUGCGGAUACUGCGGCGUUCCCUUCGCCCACGAACAGCACCGCGCUUACCUCAAGUCUCUGCCCGCCACCAGCUACCCUCUCGAGCCCACCGGUGACUCCGCCGAGGUGAACGAGUCCCAGCGCGUGACAGAAGGUGGCCUGGAGCAGCGAUAG